AUGCCUGCGGGUGCGCAAUACGCCUCGCCCACUCCCUCGACAGGUCGGAAAGAAACUGCCACACAAGUUUCAUCAUUGUCGAUAGCUGCAGGUCAACUCGCCGUCCCCUCGGCACCCCCUUUGGAGACGUCGAACGGCACUGUUAUCCAAUUGGUGACUGGCGGUGGCAACGACACUCUCCAACAAAGCUUCGUCCAUGACGCAUCCAACUUCAAAAUCAAGACUAGACCUAGGGACGAAUUGCCAAGAUCUGUUGACGAGGCGACGCUUCUUAGGAUUCGCAACGAGGAGUCAGUGCUCAAAAAGCGCCGCGAAGAGGAAUCUCCAUAUACUCCCGUGUCGGAUCAAAUGUCGCCCUUGAAACGGGGAACUGGGACGCCUCUCUUGCGUCGUGAUCGGAUCAAGAUGAUGAUUGUAGGUGACAGUAUCUCACAGGGGAUGGAAGGAGAUUGGACCUGGCGCUAUCGGCUCUGGGAGUGGCUCAAGAGCCAAAAUGAGGACUUCGAGUUUGUUGGCCCCUGGAUUGGAACUCGUCAGUCGCCAGAUGAGACAAAACCGCCAUCACCACCUGAGAUUUUCGGGGAGCCAGUGCCCGAGGAGGCGCCUUUGGUCUCUGGAGGCUACGCCGAUGGCGUUGACUCUGCAUUCGAGACAAAACAUUUCGCACUUUGGGGACGUCAAGCAGCAGAGGCUAAAACUGAGAUCAAGAAGAUGGUGGAGGAAUAUGAGCCAACGUAUCUCUUGGUUUUACUUGGCUUCAAUGAUCUUGGGUGGUUUGUCAGUGGUCCUGAAGGUACUCUUGCCAGCAUUAAGUCCAUCGUAGACGAAUCCCGUGCUGCAAAUCCGAAUAUCAAUAUCAUUCUUGGUGACGUUGUGCAGCGGAGUGCUAUUGAUUUUCGUGCAGAUCUGCCUGUGAUUACCGAUCAGUAUAACGCGCUAUUACGAGCCGCCGUACCAAAGUGGAACACUGCAGUAUCCCCGGUAGCAAUGGCAUUUGUUCGUGAUACCUAUGGCUGUGAAACACAAGCCUGCCCUUCAGGUCAUGAUGGAUUACAUCCUAACGCACUCGGAGAGUUUCAAAUUGCCCGCGCAUUCAGCCUUGCACUCGUAUAUGGGUUCGGGAUCGGUACAGAUAGCCUCUCUAUACCUGCUAGUGUAUCAGGCAGACCAAAUCCAGUACCUUUAAAUGUAAUGGCAUACGCCUCUCCGUAUGGAAUUACAGUGACGUGGUUCAAGGUUUACGGAGCGCGAAAGUAUGGUGUGAGAAGCAGAUAUAAGGGCCUUACAGAUUGGAAUGAGGGCACUGCUUUUACUAAUCGAUUUGACAAUACGUGGGUAAUAGCGGGUUCGCACUUCGAAUACCAGAUCCGUGUCGAUAAUGAAAUCGAUGGAACGUCUGAUUGGUCUGACAUAGUCGACGCAAUUGCUGACCCGAAAACGCUUCAGGGUCCGUCAACCAUCCAUGCUUCGCCCACCGAAAACGGUGUCCAUGUGUCCUGGUCUGCUGUCGAUGGCGCGGAGUUCUACGCCGCUCUUCUCUUCGACUCCGAUCUACCUGGAGCGUGGUUAAGUGUGGUCGGGGUCAGGGGCUUAUCAUACACAUGGGAAUCGCAAUACGUAGGUCACCGUCACGUUGUUGCCGUACAGGCUUGGAACGAUAUCGGUGGUGGUCUCCCUACCCUAGGAAGAAAUGUCAUCCCCGGAACCACGGACGCACCCACAGCGCCGACCAAUCUCUACAUUGACUCGGUGGAUGCGACUACAGUGCAACUUUCCUGGUGCGGCGACUGUUCCGACACCUCGUACAAACUUUACACCCGUUCUCUCAAUACGGAUCUCACUAAUCUCAGUGACUGGUCGGGAAGCGACGCUGGUUCAGCCCCAGCAACCGGCGUUGCUUACUUGGUUCCUGGUGUUUGGAAUUACGAGUUCGCUGUCACUGCUCUCAAUGGCGACCUCGAAUCACCCAUGUCUGACGGCCUCCAAGCCUACUAUCCCGGCUAUACACGCGGAGGAGGGGAGUGCAAAAAAUGUACAACCCCGGAACCUGCGCCGAAUGAUCCUGUGCCCGAGACGAGUCCGAGCGUAUUGCCCAUCGUCCCCGUGCUCGGCGGCGGUACCGACUAUAAGCUUCACGACUGCGGAGAAGUGAAAGACAAAGAUGGCAAUGAGAAAGAUGGCAGAACGCUCUGGAGGGAACUUGGGGCUAGCGCGGCCUGGGAAGAUGCAGUCGCUUAUUAUAACAAUGGCAAUAAGGAAAGGCAAUUUUCGCAAACCGUAGCGUCAUUCUUUAACGCUUCGGGUUUAGCAUCUACCAUGGAUUGCAGGUCACUGAAUGUCGAUAAUGGCUGCGGGGAUGCAAGUAUCGCCUGCGAAAAUGUUAAUUAUCCAGCUGGCUAUGUCAUCCUUAACUCGAUGGCGAAUCUCGAUGCUCUAUUUUUUCAACUGUACAGCUCCAUCACUGACGCCUCAACGGACGUAUGGCAGGACGCCGAGAAAAUUUCUAGCACAUUUAACCCUCCACCCCCAUCAGACGAUACGGCUCUAUUCAUUCUCGGUCUGGUUCAAAAUGUAUGGAGCAUGGCCCUCUCACCCGGUCUUGGGAAGGUCCUCACAACAACCUUUGGAGAAGCCGGUAAGUCGAAGGCAUUUGAUAAAGUGAAUGAAUUUGCCGACAUCGGAUUUGAAAAAAUCGGCGAGGCGAUUGGUCCGGUGUCUAACCCUGUCUCCACUGCGUCGGCAAUCCAGGAUCAAUUGCAUGCAGUGUCCACUCUGUGGCUAAAUGCUACGGAUCAAAUUAAUAAUGCCAUGUUCGACGGCCAACAGAACUCUAUUACAAACCUCAGAGAAAUUAUUGACGAUGGCGGGUUUAUGGUUAGACAAGGCGAAGGCGCCUUUGAUAUGAGGGCUGGCACCGAGACGCCUCUGUACGCCCAGGUGAUUCCAUUGGCAUGGUCGUACGAUAGGGGUGACCCGCCUAUCAACCCAAGCGGAGUCUUCAUCUUAGACUGGGAAACCGCCUGCAAGACCGACGAUGACUGUCCGGACAAUAUUGAUUGGCUACCAAAUGGAGCAGCCAAGAGGACGUGCCAUUGCUACAAGGAAAAUAUGUACUUUCUUGUGCAACUAUGGGGCUCGGCGGAGUCUCCUGGAAGUUAUCCUUCCAAUACUCCCUCUGACAACAUAUUCAACGAACCACCUGGCUUGGACGACCUCGACGGUAGAAAAUGGGGCGGCCUCACAUUAGUUAAAUUUAUCGAAGGGUCAGUCAACACUUACAUUGCUAAUGGCAGGAAGAAUGGCUACACGCCUGAUUUCAAGGAUGACGAGAUUAUGCAGGCAUAUGUUGAUGAAGCAAGCGAUCAUAAUGCUGUCGCACCUGGAGUUGUCCAAAUCCCCGUCUGCCCCCCGCGUGAGGCUUGGGAUAACUGGGAUGAAGUGUACCACGGCAACCCCAAGUCGGAACACUACCCUUGUAACUAA